UUGAAAGUGAAAAGAACUGAAUCUGUCCGAUUUUUCGUGGAUUUGUCGCUGUUAUGUGCGUGAAAUGUCGAAGGAAAAUUCUAACUUGCGGCUGCUGGGCUCGCCUGUAAAUCUUACAUACAGAAGUAAAAGGAAAGACGAUAAAAAGAACGUACGCAACCGACCACGCUCAGCUCUUCAAAAUUCCUGCUUCACGCCGGACCUUCAAGAAAAGUACAAGAGACCGUUCUCAGCGGAUGCUAAGGAGAGAGCACCGUCUACACGGAGUUUCCUGAAGACAUUUAGUGCUGAGAUUCUGCAGUCCUAUAACAGUUCCCCAACAACUGUGAAAGUGGUCGCCCCAACAACAGAGUUGCUUGGAGAUUUCAAAUCACCUCAACAUCAAUACAUAAAAAAAGACAAAGAAAUAUGUAGCAAUGCCUCUGAUUACGGCUCUGAGGACACCUUUAUAAGUUUAGGGACUAAAAUAAAAGCCAAGGCCCAGUUAGGGCCAAAAAUUAAAAGUCCUAGUGCUAAGAAUAUUUUAAAGUAUAGAAAUAUAGCUAAAAGGGGUCGCAAAGUUAUGGAUAAUGUGUAUGGAGAUAAGCCAAACGAUGAAUAUGGUUUAGAAAUUAAAAUAACUGAACGUCCACCGAGAGCGUCGUCGCCAACUAAGAAUAAAGAUAGUUACUAUGAAAGGAGUCUGUCUCCAUCAUUUAAAACGCGCUCUUACGAGUCUUACUUUAUUCCUUUAGAAUCUGACAAAAAAAGCACUGAAGAUUCAUUAGAAGGGCGCGUAUCUUUCGGCACUCCGAAUAUUCAAGCAGAAGUAGAAGAAGCAAUAGAUACAUACUCCCGUCGACUCACAUUAACGAAGCAACAACUGUCUCUUGUCGAAGAAGAAUCUACACAAGACUUGGAAAGUGUCCCAUCACAAAAUCUAUCAAGUCUCUCUCCUGAAAACUCUUUAAACGAUGCCAAUAAUGUAAAAGAAGUCAACCUAGACGAGAACCUAACUGGACGAAAUACUUACGUGGUUGAUUUAAAAGAUGAUGCAUAUCCCAAGACACAAAAUUUCAUGAGUGACCCUAGAACUUACAGCAGCUUUUAUGAUGACUUUCGUACUAACACCAUGGAGUCCUAUGCUGUCAAAAUGUCAAGUACAGUUGUACAUACUGAUGCCUCUUCAAAGGACUCUGGCUAUCCUGAUAGUGGCGCCAAUGAUGAAAAAGUAUAUAAACAAAACUACUCUCUUCCACAUUCUUCGUCUUCAAUAUUAAAGAAAUCUAGCUCACAUACAAAAAUUGAAGACCAACCCAAAAGCCUGGACAGUGUCUCCACAAGUAGCAAUGAUAAGUAUUAUCAUAAGACUUUCCCUUUAGAUAAAAAGUGGACAGAACCUUUGAAUCAUAGUCGUUUACUAUACAAAGAUUUCUUCAUAAAGAAAGAAGGGCAUGUAGCUUUGCCUCCUCAAAAUUCUCCUACUAAAAGUAUGAGCGACAACAUGCCAAGCACUAGUGAGGGUAGUCAAGGUUCUGAAAGAAAGAACAACAAAGAUUUAGAAUAUCCUUCAUACUUAGUCAAUAGCACUACUAAAGCCUAUACUUCCAAAGUAAUAGAAGAUUACAAAAGAGAGUUAGAAGCUAUAAACAAUCUACAUGAGCUUACUCUUAAAGAUAUUCAAAGUGACGCCAUAUCACCUACUCCACUCAACAUCGACAGAAUGUUCGAACAAAACUCCACUCAUUUUGUAGAUGAUAAGAAGGAUUCAAGUGAAAAUUCACAGGAAUCAAGCAUAAAUGAGAUGCCCAAAGUUAACAACAACUCUUUAGAAAAUAGUAAAAGAGACGUGUCUAAAAUUUCGACUAAAGAAUUGAUACAGAAUUAUUUAAAAGUUAAAGAGGGUGAUUAUAGCAAAGAUUAUAUUGUUAAAAAUCUUCAGAAAUAUGAUAAAAAACCUAAUAAUAGUCCCAGUGAUGUAGCUCCUAGGUUUGAUGAAAGUACAAUGGCUUUUAAACAAAGCUGGAAUAACAAAAAUACCAAACCCAAUAGCAGUAAAGCUGCAAUUCCUGUCCAUAUCAGAAACCAGACCCAAAAGAAUUUGUAUUCCAAUCGUAUCCCAAUGAGCGCGAGGAUAGAAGGGGUUCAAAAUGACAAAGACAUAGAUUCUUGGAUGUCUCUAUCAGCGCCCUCACCUAGAAUCCUUGAAAUUGAAGAAAUUCAAUCUCCAGUAACUAUACCCGAACAAACUGGCACUAGAGAAACAGUUGACAAAGUUGAAGUAGAAACUACACCUCCAUCAACUGUAGUAAAUUCAGCGAAAGAAUCAAAGGAGCCACCAAAACCUAAAGAACUCAGUUCUAACUCUACAGUUUUCGAUAUUUACUCCAUGUUGAAAGAAAUAGAGAGCUAUGGUGACAAUCCUGUUACGUCUGUGGUUAGCCACCAAGGGACUGUUGCUGCUGAACCUGAGUCCAAGAAAGAAGAAGAAAAUACUGCUCCCAAAGACCACUUUAUGGAGAUAUUUGAAUUCCUAGAAAAGGUGGAACAAAGUGCUAACGAUGCCCUAUCUGUGGUCACUAACACUACUCCGCAAACAGUGCCAAAGUUGGAGUCAUUGUUGAAGCUGCCUCAAACGGAGCUAGCGCAGAGGUUGGUGACUUUGUCCCUGCAGCUAGAAGAACGAUCCUGCUGCAUCGCUCUACUGCAGGAGAGUCUCACCAACCAUAAGGAACAGAUGAUUUCAAAAGUCAGCAAUUUGGAGAAGCAGUCAAUAAGGAACAUAUCAAAAGUGAAGCAAGAAUGUGAAGAGACUAUAAAAAGACAUCAGAAUUUCAUUGACCAGCUGAUAAACGACAAGAAGACUUUGAACCACCGCAUCGAACAGCUGGUUGACGAGCGGCGAGCGCUGGAGGAGCGCUGGAAACGCUCGGCGCAAGCGCUGGAGGAGCGCUACAAGCUCGAGCUCAGGAACCAACACGACAAGAUGGCCGCCGCGCAGCAAGUUGCUAGGCAGCGGUGGGUUCGACAAAAAGCUGAGAAAAUAAAAGAGUUAACAGUGAAAGGUCUAGAGGGCGAGCUUCGUGAAAUGGCAGAACGUCAGCAGAAGGAAGUUUCUGAUCUCAAGAUGCUUCACGCGGAGCAAUGCGGCCGCUCGCAGGCCAAGCACUCUGCUGAGUUAGAAGAGCUAAGAAGGACCCUUGAGGCUGAGAAAGAGGCAGCGCUGGUGAAGGAAAGGCAGCUGGCUAGCUCCAGACUGGAGAAGCAGAUCCUUGAGAUAGAACUAACAUACCAGGAGCAGCGAACACGGCUUGUGGCAGAGAUGCGGGCAGAGAACGAGCGCGCCGCCGCCGCGCUGGCCGAGCGGGAGCGCCAGCAGCGCGCCGAGCUGGAGAUGCGGGCAGAGAACGAGCGCGCCGCCGCCGCGCUGGCAGACCGGGAGCGACAGCAGCGCGCCGAGCUGGAGAUGCGGGCAGAGAACGAGCGCGCCGCCGCCGCGCUGGCAGACCGGGAGCGACAGCAGCGCGCCGAGCUGGAGAUGCGGGCAGAGAACGAGCGCGCCGCCGCCGCGCUGGCAGACCGGGAGCGACAGCAGCGCGCCGAGCUGGGUGAGCGAGCUAGGCUAGGGUUACUGAGCUAG